CUCCGGAGCACCGAGGCGCACAGAGACGCGGCUCCGGCGCGCUGCAGCUUCGCGUCCGCGUUCCUCUCUCCGGUGCUUCGCGCUUCCAGAAACAAACAAACGUCUUGUUCGUCCUCACGGUGAAAAAAGGCUUCCUGUCCCUGCAAUCAUCUCUCCUCUGGGCUCCUCUCAUGCCGCCGUUAAGGCUCUGGAUACGGGGCGAUUUGUGAUCGAGCAGCUCGAUGAAUAUGGCGUGUAUUGGGGACGCAGACCCGUUCACAGCUGCGAUACCUGCCACCAAAGUUGAACUCUCGGUUUCUUGUAGGAACCUGCUGGACAGAGACACCUUCUCCAAGUCUGAUCCAAUUUGUGUGCUGUACACUCAAGGAAUAGCCAACAGGGAAUGGAGAGAGUUUGGCAGGACAGAAGUCAUCGACAACACCCUCAACCCCGACUUUGUCCGCAAAUUCAUCCUGGACUAUUUCUUUGAGGAGAGGCAGAAUCUACGCUUUGACCUGUAUGAUUUAGACUGCAAGAGCGACAACCUCUCUAAACAUGACUUCCUGGGCCAGGCGUUCUGUACGCUAGGUGAGAUCGUUGGCUCGCUGGGAAGCCGCUUGGAAAAACCUUUGAUCGGGAUCCCGGGGAAGAAAUGUGGAACCAUCAUAGUGAGAGCAGAAGAGCUGAGCAACUGCAGGGAGUCAGUGAUGCUGCAGUUUUGUGGCAACAAGCUGGAUAAGAAGGACUUCUUUGGAAAAUCUGACCCUUUCCUCGUAUUUUACCGCAGCAACGAAGACGGAUCAUAUACCAUCUGCCACAAAACAGAAGUGGUGAAGAAUACUUUGGAUCCGGUGUGGCAGGCGUUUAAAAUUCCUGUCAGGGCGCUGUGUAACGGAGACUAUGACAGGAGCAUUAAGGUGGAGGUGUAUGACUGGGACAGAGAUGGAGGCCACGACUUUAUCGGGGAGUUCAGCACCAGCUACAGAGAAAUGUCCAGAAGCCAGUCACAGUUCCACAUCUAUGAGGUACUAAAUCCAAAGAAAAAAGGAAAGAAGAAGAAAAAGUACCAAAACUCAGGAACGGUCACUCUCCUGUCCUGCCUGGUGGACACUGAGCUCUCCUUCCUGGACUACAUCCGAGGCGGGACUCAGAUUAAUUUCACAGUGGCAAUUGAUUUCACAGCAUCAAAUGGCAACCCGUCCCAGCCCACCUCGCUCCAUUACAUGAGCCCAUACCAGCUGAAUGACUACGCCAUGGCACUGCGGGCUGUUGGAGAGAUCAUCCAGGACUAUGACAGUGACAAGAUGUUUCCUGCGCUGGGCUUUGGUGCCAAGCUUCCUCCAGAUGGACGGGUCUCACACGAGUUUGCUCUGAAUGGUAAUCCACAGAACCCUUACUGCAGUGGUAUCGAGGGGGUGAUGGAGGCCUAUUACCAGAGCCUCAAAUCUGUGCGUCUCUACGGACCCACCCACUUCUCCCCUGUUAUUAACCAUGUGGCCAGGUAUGCGUCAGCAGUGACAGACGGCUCACAGUACUUCAUCCUGCUCAUCAUCUCAGACGGUGUGAUUACAGACAUGGCGCAGACCAAGGAGUCCAUAGUCAAUGCCGCCUCUCUGCCCAUGUCAAUUAUAAUAGUUGGGGUUGGACCAGCGGAAUUUGAUGAAAUGAUCGAGCUGGACGGGGACGAGGAGAGGAUCUCAUCCCAAGGACGAUAUGCAGAGAGGGACAUUGUUCAGUUUGUUCCUUUCAGAGACUACAUUGACCGGCGAGGAAACCACAUCCUCAGCAUGGCUCGCCUGGCGAAGGAAGUGCUUGCUGAAAUUCCAGACCAGUUCCUGUCCUACAUGAGGACCCGGGGGAUCAAACCAGGCCCAUUGCCACCACCUUACACCCCCUGUCCACCACCGGCAAUCCACCCCCUCCUCACCAGACGGGUAAGCCGAAUCUAAAGGCAGUGGCCUCGCUCCAACGCCGGCCAGCCGACUCUACUGGCCUCUCCUCUCCUCUCUCUGCUUCUUCUUCCUACUCUUCACUGGAAGCUUUUGAGCACAUGGCGAACAUCGCCUGCUCUCUCAUGUUACACUCUCGAGCCAUGAGCGUGACGUGGAUGACCCCGAGUGGGACACUUUUUCCCUCAGUGGAUGAAGGUGGAGGUUUUAGCGGGUCGUGGUGGGGGUCUGAGCUCACCAGGAAGAGUGAACAGGACAGAAACUGACCACUUGCGACUUUCAGUCUGAAAGGGUCCAAACUGACGAGGCCCUUUUUUAAAACACUGUUCAUCUGUUUGUUAUUUCUCUUUCCACUUCCUCUUUCUCUCACUAAAUCAUGUCUCUUGAUAUAUAAAUGUUUACAAAAUUGCAAGGACUGGAGUGGAGAUUUUUUUUUUUUUUUUUUGUCAGGAGGAAAUUUAUACCGAUCAAUGUGAAAACCUUUCAGAUUCCUAUUUUUCGGCUGCAGAAACUGGAGGUUGUGACUUUGUACAAAAAUGUUUAGGCCCUGGUGCCACAUUCUUCAUUACAGUGUUUGUUUUUUUAAAUAAAUGAAGCAUGUGCUAGUUUAAAAGAAGCAUGCACUGUUGUCUUGCACUCAGGGCUUUGUCCCUCCCACACAAAACAAAACCCCCAGCUCCUCACCACCACCACUGCCAUGUCCCAUUAAGAGCAAACCCGUCACCUGAAAUCUUCCCACGCUCCUCCACCUUCUGCUCCGUCCACCUGCCUUGACUCAAAAGGGACGCCGUGCUCCCUGGGAGUCUGGUUACAUGAAAUGCAGCAGGGACUUGAACCAGCCUUACUCGUUUGUCAGAUAACAUUCACAGGCACCGUGUCCACCGUGUCCACCGUGGGUUCUGGAAAUGUGAAUCUCCAAGCCCAGAAGUCAAAAACACACAUCUCACUACCGAACCUGACUGUGUGUUACAUUUCUUUAUUUUCAUGGAAUAACAUUGUAUUUGAGAAGCAUUUUUUUGUUUGUUUCGUUUUAUGUCUCUCUACCUCUCACUUUGUUCCAAAAGUGUUGGCGUGUCAGUGAUUUUUGGUAAGUCUGUAGAGUUCACAGUUACCUUUCUCACUAAAAAGUGAAGUGAAAUAUUUGCCAAACUGUAGGUUCAGAAUUAUAGCACUUUGGUAGCUAUCAGAUCAGGUGACUCACACGUUUGUGUUAGCAACACACUGUGAAUAUGUGCACAGAAAACAGUUAACUGGUAGUGCAAAAUGCAAAGAUGCUUUUUUUUUAAGCCGCUGCCAUGCCACAUGGAUCUGGACCAUAGAGACUGAGCACAAGUUUUGUGCACAGUGUUGUCCAACAGCGUUGUAGGAAAAGCUGAAGCCAGUAAUUAUCAGUAGCCCCUAAGGUUUAGUAUUAUGUAGCUCAUAAAUAAGGAUUAAAGGACCAGUCAGCAGAAAAAACAAUGUUUUCAGUAUGAACCACUCCACACUUGUAGGCUUCAAAAGCUCGGAAUACUUUCAGCUUCGAUUCUCAACAUUUACUGUACAACGGAUUCCAGUGGCAACUUCCCAGUUUCCACGUUGGCUAACCUCCUUUUUCUAGUGAUUCAAAUUGGAUAAAAACCAGCAAGCCUAUCAGGCUGGGAUUAAGAAUGGGGUUGUCAUUUGUCCUGUGGCAGAGCCUAAAAAAUUAUGACAGGAAGACAGAAAAAUUACCUCAUUUUUGUGUCUUCUACAGGGAUGAAAUCGACAAAAGCAGUACAGGUUGUUCCAAGUUGACUUUCAGUAUAUUAAUAUGAUGAAUAUUUAAAGAUUAAAGGCCCUGAAAACCUAUUUUUUUAAAUCAGCCUCUUAAUAUGAACAACUAGAAGAAAGCCAAUUUGGACUUGAACAGCUUUGGUUAUUUCACCAAUUUGUUUAACAGCAUUUUAAAUCGUAAUGAGAGUUUUGUGGUUGUUUAUUUUUCCAGCACUGUCAAUCAAACCCACACAGUUGUGAGUUUUUGUGUUAAACUGAAUAAUGAAUUGAAAAGAAAACAGCAAUGUGUUCUAAUUAUCGGCCCAGUGUCAUGAAGAAAAAAAUAAAAUCAAAACUUUUUAAGCUAUUCUGCAGUGUAACCUACUAUUUUCACCAAAAUUUACCUAAACACAGCAUCUGUUUGGUGCUAGCAUGGUUAGCUAGGCAUGUGGUCACCACUGGAAUCCAGUGUAAGUGCUGUAAAUCCUAGCUGCUGUCCAAGCUACAAACCUUCCAUAGCCUACAGGUGGAGAGUAUUUUAAUCUUCAAAACUUUGUCUUUUGGGGGGGGUAUUCCUUUUAAAGUGGAAAAUUCUCAACACUCAGAACAGGUAAUUGCACUUGUCACUUUUAGCCAAGCUUCAGGGUGAAACUUAAAUGCAGCCCUGCUGUUUUUGCCCAGUAAUGUGUACAUGAAAACUUUACAGUGUGACUUCAAGCAAAGCACAAACUACAAGCUACAGCCACCGUAUCUACAGGCCCCUUUUAACUUGUGUAAAUGUGUGAAGAACAUUUCUCUCUCUCUGUGUACUACAAGCUGUAGAUCCUAUUCGUACUUAGGGCCCUAUUCAGUCAAGAAAUCAAUCUAACAGAAGGUUUACAACAUUUUUCUAAACUCAAAAUCAUCAUAUACUUCUUGGCUGAUGAACGUCUACUUAUAACUGCUUGUUAAACAUUUUCUUAGACAUUUAUACACUGUACAAAUUUUGCCUUUUUUGUGUAUUGGUGAAUAUACUGUCUGUGUAAUGCUGCUUCUCUAUUACUGCUGAUAUAACUAUUACAUUUUAUACUGAGGCCUGUAAUCAUAUUUAAAUCAUGACUAACAGGCCUUAUUCAUGUUUAUACAUAAGUUAUUCAUAUUUAAAUCAUGAACGACAGGCCUGUAUUUUUUUAUAAGUGAAUGGUUAGUUAAUAAUGUAUAUUUCAUGUGUGCAAGAUGUUUAAUAGUAGACCUGCUGACCAAGUUCAAUCCGUAGCAACAUUUUUCUGCCAAAAUCGACAUAUUGUUUAGUGUAGCAUCUCGUAGUUGGCUGAGACUUAUUCAAACAAAGCUGGUUAUUCACUUUGACUGAAUAGGGUCCCUCAGUGUGAGACAGGUCGGUCUGAUAGAUUUUGUACUCUUCUGUAUCGCAGUUUCAUUGCCAGGACCCCGUACAACAGCGUGGAUGUCAAAUUGCACAAUGUAGCACUGGUAUCAUGUCUGGUAUUGUACUCAAACAACACCAGACUAAACCAGAUCAGACCAGAUCAGGCAGGAACAGUCUUUUGUAUAUGUAUAUAUACUCUGUAUAUACUAUAUGUAUGAUUUCUGGAGAGUUAGCUUGCAGUGAACUGCCGGGACUCAGUGACUCUCCUCCCGAAACACAAGGCAGGGCCUUUCAUUUAUUUAUCACGACAAGAUGUCAACUUCAUCUCACACCCACACUCUCAUAUAUGCUGUACAUCCAGUACAUGUAUUUGUAUAUGAAACAUGCAUGGCACUUACAUAACAAGGCGUUGAGGGUUGAGUGAAGAUUAAGGGUUUCGUGCUUGUUUUCUCAGAGAAACGGUGCUUUCAGAGACUUGACGUUCAUCACAGUAUCAGCAUUUUUAAAAGUUGUAUUUCUCAACCCUUUUUCCCUCUGUGACCACAUUUUAAGGUCCCGGAUGUAAAGCUGUUACUUUAUUUUGAAUAGCAUAUAUAAUGUUCAGAUUCAACAGUUUAGAGGCAACUCCAGAUGGAUUAUAUAGAAUCUAAAAAGAGUCUGUGUCAAGGCUGUUCACCCCCUAAUACCUUAUAUUGUUAUUUUUACUAAUAGUAAUAAUAAAUGUUCAGAACAUUUAAAAGUUCAUGAAAAAAUAGUGGAAGUUCUCGAAAAUAAAGAUGAAAGAUCAUUCAAAAACUGAACUUUUGAACUGACUUGGCUACAAUGGUCCCUCGUUUAUCGCGGGGGAUACGUUCUAAAAACAACCCGCAAUAAACAAAAUCUGCGAAGU